AUGCAAGCCACGGACAGCAAGGAAGCUGGGCCGCCCUUCGACAAGGCGACCGCAGACGUCGUCAUCCGCUCUUCCGACAACAUCCAUUUCCGUGUUCACACACUCAUCCUGUCCAUGGUAUCCGACUUCUUCUCCGCCAUGUUCACUCUCCCCCAAUCGGAUCAAUUCGAAACGUGGAAGGGCCUCCCGGUCGUGACCGUCGAGGAAGACAGCCACGCCAUCGAGCUGUUGCUUCUGACAUUGUAUCCCGCGUGCUCCCCCUCCCUAAACAAGCUCGCCGACGUGCACGCCGUUCUGAAGGCUGCUAUGAAAUACCAAAUGGACGCCCUGGUGCCUCGCAUAAAAGAGGCGCUUGUAGCAACACAGCAUCUCGAGGCAAGCCCCGUCGCGGUCUUUGCUAUUGCCUAUAGCCAAGGUCUCGAGGAAGAAGCUGUGAAGGCUGCGAGGGCCACGCUCCGGCUUCCGAUGCGUGACUUGUAUCUCACUCGUACGUCGGAGCUUGGCUUGAUCCCAGCAGACGCAUUCCAGCGGCUCCUGGAGUAUCACGACGAGUGCGGCAGAGUCGUUAACAGGCUCUUCCCAGGCGCCGAUUUCACUCCAUGGCUCCCCUGGGCGGUUGAAACCCAGUAUAUAUUCUUCCUUUGCACGAACAACAAAUGCUUCGGUAAGGUUCUGCCCAACUUCUUCACGAACGGUCAUGCCGUGUAUGCAAAGGACUGGUGGUCGGGCUUUAUGGAAGACGCGGCCAGCGUACUGCGCGAGGAACCGCGCAGCACCGCGCUGACGGACCACAGCUUCCUUGAGAAAUACAUUCUGAAGGCCAUGAAGUGCGAGCAAUGUCGUCUCGCUGCCGCAGCAGAAUUGUGGAGAUUCAGUUCUGUUCUCGUGGAUAAGAUUGAAGACGACAUAUCCAAGGCAAUAUCGCAUUAUUGCUUGAUAGCGACCAGAGCGAAGCUAACCAAAACGCGUAUACAGGUUCGGCUCGGUAUCCGGUUCUCCGGGUAG